AGUGGGUGAGCGAGUCUAUACAUACUGCGACUGGGUGCCUAAGCCCAUCACUUUCCUCGUGAAUCGAUCCCUCCCUCCCAACGUUAGCGCCAAAAAUAGCAACUGGAACUGGAAUUGGAAUCUCUCCUGCGUCACUUCAUCCUCAUCCUUCCAUCGCCGCCGGGAUUUGAAGUUCAGAAUCAGAGAAAAUGAAGGGCAUUGGAAAGAUGGGAAUUCAUUACUUGCAGAGACUAAAUGCUGCUAAUAUUCCCAAGGACUUGAUUGAGAAAGGUCAAAAUCGUGUAAUUGAGGCAUCCCUGACUCUUAUCCGUGAGCGUGCAAAGCUCAAGGGGGAAUUAUUGCGAGCCUUGGGGGGUGUAGUGGCAUCAUCAUCUCUUCUUGGAGUUCCGCUAGGGCACAACUCCUCAUUUCUCCAGGGCCCUGCUUUUGCACCUCCUCGAAUCAGAGAGGCCAUCUGGUGUGGAAGCACAAAUUCUUCCACAGAAGAAGGCAAGGAUCUUAAUGAUCCACGGGUCCUAACUGAUGUUGGUGAUGUGCCGGUUCAGGAGCUACGGGAUUGUGGGAUAGAUGAUGACAGAUUGAUGAAUAUCAUAAGUGAAUCCGUGAAGCUAGUGAUGGAAGAAGAGCCACUGCGACCUUUGGUGCUGGGAGGCGAUCACUCUAUUUCAUAUCCUGUGGUUAGAGCAGUUUCAGAGAAACUAGGAGGACCUGUAGAUGUUCUUCACUUUGAUGCCCAUCCUGACAUUUACGACGCUUUUGAAGGAAACAAAUAUUCCCACGCCUCAUCUUUUGCCAGGAUAAUGGAGGGUGGUUAUGCCCGGCGACUAUUGCAGGUUGGAAUAAGAUCAAUAACAAAGGAGGGGCGCGAACAAGGGAAGAGAUUCGGUGUGGAACAAUAUGAAAUGCGCACAUUUUCGCAGGAUCGGGAGCUACUAGAGAAUCUGAAACUCGGGGAAGGCGCAAAAGGGGUAUACAUCUCAGUAGACGUGGACUGCCUGGACCCGGCAUUUGCUCCCGGGGUAUCCCACAUAGAGCCAGGGGGGCUGUCGUUCCGCGAUGUCCUAAACAUACUCCACAACCUGAAAGGGGAGGUGGUGGCAGCCGACGUGGUGGAGUUCAACCCGCAGCGCGACACCGUGGACGGGAUGACGGCCAUGGUUGCUGCCAAGCUCGUCAGAGAACUCACUGCAAAGAUUUCCAAAUGAAAGAAUCUUGGAGCUGGAGGGAUGGAUGCUUAGGACCUGUGCUGUAAGUCUGUCUCUUUUUCCUUUACAAUAUAACUAAAAUGGUUCUAUCUCAAAUGCAUCCAUUACUGCAAAAAAUUUUAGUCUAUUAGUCUAACUUAUCACAUCACAAGAAGAGCUUGUGCCGGAACUAUAAGAUUUAGAGGGUGUUUGACGAA